AAGGAGAAGGAGGAGGAAGGUCGCGCCGAGCAGCUGCUAGCUGUACCGGGGUCAGGUGUAGACCGGUUCGGUUCGGUUCGGUUCGGUGAUGCUUUCCGCGGACACCAACAUGAACUGUAUCGUGCAGAGGGUCGCGCGCCAGGCGCUGCUCACCUUCCGGAACCCUCCGCGCGUCGGCCAGGAGGCUUCCAGGUCGUUCCUGGAGAACCACAGCGAGCUGAAGAACCUGGUGGGCCAGAUCCGGGCCGCGGACCUGAGGCUGGUCCCACGGUGCGCCGAGGACGCGCCCGGCGCGCCCCCGGUCACCUACAUGCACAUCUGCGAGACGGAGCGCUUCAGCAUGGGGGUGUUCCUGCUGCGGAGCGGGGCCUGCAUCCCGCUGCACGACCACCCGGGCAUGUUCGGCAUCCUCAAGGUUCUGUACGGCACCGCCCGGAUCAGCUGCUUCGACCCACCGGCGGCCGCCGGGCGGCGCUGCGCGCUGCGCUCCACCGGCGAGUUCACCGACUCCAGCGGGCCGUGCGCGCUGACGCCCGAGCGGGACAACCUGCACCAGAUCGAGGCGGUGGGCGGACCCACGGCCUUCAUGGACAUCCUGGCCCCGCCCUACGACCCGGACAACGGCCGGGACUGCCACUACUACAAGGUCCUGCCCGGGGGCACUGGGGCCGACCCGACCGAGGUCCGGCUGAUGGAGAUCUCCCAGCCGGCGGAGUUCUGGUGCGGAGGAGAGCCGUACCCGGGCCCGGAGGUCCGCCUCUGACGGGCCGCGGCUCCGGGACUGGAUCGGGACUGUGUGACGCACAGACACUGUGACCCAAAGAAGCGCUUUGAUGUUCGGCAGGUGAAAAGCACAAAAGCUGCGAGUCGCCGAUCGAGGAUCCGGAUUGGAAAAGGAACUGUCUGUUCACAUCCGCAAUGGGGCAUUUUCUUAAAAAAAAAAAAGAAACAUAACUUGUUAGUUAAGAUGUGUUGAUUCGAGCACUUCCAGAAGGGGGCGCUGCCGCUGAAACUGAAUCAUGUAGUGAACUGACCUUUUGAAGUUUUUUCUUCUUUUUUUAUCAAAUGAUUCGAAUAAAAAAUUGUGGGAAUCCAGCUGA